AUGGCAAAGAGAAUAAAACGCUAUUACAAGCUGGUCGUGUUUUGGUUCUGCAUUGCUACAGGUAUGUAAUAAGUAAGCUAAAGUUGCUGUCAUAUGUGAAUUUAAGUCUUUAAAACGAAUAGGAUUGCUAACUGGUAGGUAAACAACUGUCUUUACUCGAAAUUAUUAAGAACGGCCGCCGAUCUUUCACGGAAAUAUUAAGUCAUGUAUCCAACCUGACUUAGUGUGUGCCAAACUUUGAGGAAACUUGAAAAUUGUCACCGAUUGUCAAGCUGAUUCCAACCACGGAGAUUGAAUUGUUUCGAUGAAAUUGCCCCUAAUGCAACUUAUGAAUUUUCAAAUGGUGGUAUCGAUAUUCCAGUUCGUGGAUUGAUUUACAAUGAAGUUCAAGAAAACAAAACUUUUCCCGGAAAAUUAAGAUGACUAGGUUAGCCUUUGAUUCCUAGACAUGUCUGAGCAAUUUUCAUUUUAACUUACUAGUACAACCAACGUUUCAUUCAAAAUUGAUGAAUUACCAAACUGAAAUUGUGCAGUGGAAUUUUGCGAAUUUUCUGAAAGCACCCUACAAUGUCGAAACCCUACUCAAAACAAAGUUUUCAGUAAAUUAAGAACACAGAUUUCGUGGAAAGAAACAGAGGCCGAAAACAAUAUUGGACUAAUGCAAAAAGCUGUAUCACAACUGCUAUAACAGAAACUUCAAGCGCUUGGAUGACUUAUUCAGCCUUUCAUUGCCGAAGAAAAAGAAUUAGUAUAUAAUUUGCGUAGGAGGUGUCACCUUCCUCAGAUAAAAACGGAGAGAUACAAGAAAACUUUUGUAAAUAGACUUGUUUUUAAAUAUAAUUUAGCAUAGUAUUAUUCUAUCUUAUAUUACUAUUGUAUUUUAUCGUGUAUCUUUUAAUACAUUUUCACGGUAACUUAGAAUAUGUAUUUUUAUCCUUUGAUUGAAUAAAGACUAUUAUUAUUAAACGGAUUGCAGCUGGAGUCUAAAAAUUUGCUUUUAAUGAACAAACUAGCAUAAAUCGUAGAUUAUAGUGCGUCGCCUCCGGGCCUCCCAUACAUUACCUAUACGGGUAUGUGCCGCGCAACAGGGUCGUGAUUUUGGUAUCCAUUUCAGAGGCGUUUUCUAGAACGGGGUAUAAAAAAUUGUGGAUCACGGCUUUAUCUUCUGCUUAAAAUUGUUGCUGAUUAUGAAGAAGCAUUUAUUUUAUGUACAAGUCGAACAAAUAAAGAAAUAUCUUUUUAAAAAACAGGGCUAUUUCAAUUGACAAACUUUCUAGAACGGAGUAUAAAAAAUUGGCCCAUUUCUAGAACGGGGUAUCAGUUUUAGGGCGAAUUUCUAGAACGGGGUAUAAAAAAUUGGCCAUUUCUAGAACAGGGUAUCAAUUUUAGAGGAAUUUUUGUUUUAGAACGGGGUGCCAAUUUGGAGUCCCGGGCGGCACAUACCCACCCAAAAAAUACCCAAGUGGCUCCCCCCGGGGGCCAUAGGAACUGUAGAGAGACUUUAGAGACUUUAUUUUAUGAGGGUAACACGUGACAGUAACUAACAUUACUGAUGAACUUGUGGGGUAUGGGGAGUUGAUUUCUCACUCUAAAUAAUUACUUGUGGACGAAAUCCUGUGGUGUUUUCAUUGAAAUGAAACUUCUGAUUCUUUCUCUAUUCGUUAGCAAUUAUCCGUUCAAAUUUUAGAAAGAGCGACCGAUCCGCGAAUAUUUUAAGGUUUUGUUUUAGCAACGUGACGAAAGGUAAACAGAUUACGGGCAAGUUUGGGCAUUUGGGCAGUUACGCAAUGAUAGAUGUCAAACAGAUUCUUUUCACAAAAUUCCUCCGAAUUGCAAAGUAUCCUCUCAGAAAACAAGAACUUCAUUCUAGAAGCUUAUUCCACGCAAAAAGUAGGUUCUGGGGGUAAUUUUGAGAGUGGAAAACACGUCUCCGACCGAAGGUUUGAUCACGCCACGUAGAAUACUAAUAUGAUCACACAACAACUGAGACGCUAACCUUUAUUUAUAUGAGACAUUGGUGUCACCAGCUCGAUUUUGAUUGGCUAUAAGAACGCAGAUAAUUCAUGCUUGCUUUGUUUCUCUUACGUCAUACCUACAGACAAUAGUUUUAUGCAUGCAGAAGUGACGUCACCUAACACACUAACCAGCAGUUUGAUCAGUUUUGUCUCUGGGGUUUUGUCAUGGCGGAGCUCAGCUCAGGAAAAUUGCAUGAUAAAACAAUUACUGGAUUCAGUUUUCGCAUGAUAGCGAUGAUUAUCAAGGCCUCAGUUUGUGUUAUCCGCCUCAGCCUUUGGCUUUGGCAGGUAUCACAAACUUUGGCCUUGAUAAUUAUCGCUACCAUGCUCAACCUCAUCCAAUAGUUGUUUAUUAUUUGACGUGGAUACCCUUCACAAUUGCCAUAUAAGCCAUCCAGAUGUCUUCGCUUGGCUCUAAAGAAGCUCUCUAUAUAAUUCCCUGUUUUUCACCCUCCAGCAUGGACGCCAUUUCGGUCUCGCUCGACGGUGAUCUUCGGCAAAUCAGAGAAUGAUGUCAUUUCAACCGAUGCCGAUAAAAACUGGCCAGUGAUUGGCUAAUUGUCAUAUCUCGUUCCUGACCAAGUUUCGUGUCAAUCAGAAAUGCCUCCGAUUUUUCCAACCUCGUUUCCAGGGUUUCCCUUAUCGUUGAGAAAGGGAGGCAGAGAAGAGAGACCCUGGAAACGAGGUUGCGAUUUGUCCCCGAAUGAUUAGUCGGCAUAUGUUAUUGUGACGUUUCAAAAUGGCGAAAAACAACCGCUCGGCAUGCUGGAUGCUAUUGAGACGCGAAGAUUUGGAACCGACUGACGACCUCUUUUCUCGAGUUCUCACGCUUGGAACAUGAACACAAACAGAACUCCCAACCACUCACUUAGGAAGCGUCUCCUACGUCGACGCAAUAAAGAAGCCUCGCCUGUGAUCUGUUCUGUGUAAAGCACGCAGGAAGAGAAUAGAGCACCGAGUGUAGGGGAAACACGAGACGCAGUGGCGAGGAUCCACAAGAUUGUCGGAACUAUCGACCAACAACUGUCCUUCCAGUGGUUAGUAAGGUGAUCGAGCAGCUACUUAGCGACCAGAUUUCUAAGCAAUUCGACAGCCGUCUGGAUCCCCGAAUUACGGCAUAUCGUAAACGCCACAGUUGUGAAACAACAUUGAUAAGUCUUAUUGAAGCGUGGAAAUCAGCACGUGAUAACCAGCAAAUUGUUAAAAUCUUAUCUACCGACUUGAGUAAGGCUUUUGAUUCGCUUCAUCCGUCCUUAAUGAUCAGCAAAUUAAAAGCGUAUGGUUUUAAUGACGAACUAUGUGAUCUACUUCGAUCUUACCUGUGUAAUCGAUUGAACCGAGUGAAACUGGGAGCUUUCAGAAGUGAAUGGAAGCGUACAGAUAGGGGUUGUCCACAAGGAUCGGCCCUUGGCCCAUUGUUAUGGAACAUCUUUCAAAACGAUCUGACAUACGUAAUAACUUCGCAUCUCUCUAUAUACGCGGAUGACCAUCAAAUGUUUGAAACAGCGGGGAACCUGAAAAUGGCUGACACCAAUCUUAUGAGGAAUGCCAAUAGGGCCUCCGAAUGGUACGCUAGCAAUCUGCUACAAGGAAACCUGAGCAAAUAUCAAACUAUGACUUUAAAGCAUAACAAGACAGAAAGUAACACUCCAUUACACUUUCAAGGAAACACCAUCGAAUCUUCUGACUGUCUUAAGUUGCUAGGGGUCACCAUAGAUGAACAGUUGAAUUUUAACACUCACAUUAAUGAAAUAUGUAAGAAGGCGAGUCAAAGAGUAGGUGUAAUGUUAAGGCUUAAAAAACUUGUCCCUACCAAUGCUAAAUUAACUCUGUAUAAAUCAGCCAUAUUGCCUUACUUAACCUAUUGCCACCUGACUUGGCAUUUCUGUAGUGCUACCGACAAAAGAAAGCUUGAACGGGUCCAAGAAAGAGCACUACGCGCAGUUUUCCUAGAUAAGCAAUCAAGCUACCAAGCAUUGCUGGACAAAAGUGACCUAACGACUCUUCAGAACAGAAGACUGCAAGAUAUUGCUAUCCUUAUGUAUAAGGUGAAACACAAACUAUGCCCCAUCAAAAUAUCCGAGCUAUUUCACGCGCAUUGCUCACCCUACAACUUGAGGACGGCAGAGUUCGCCAUUCCCAGAUUUAGGACCAAUAAAUAUGGUAAACACUCGCUCACCUACCUGGGACCAAAGUUGUGGAAUAAGCUGCCAAGCGAAAUCAGAACUCUCCCAUCAUUAUUUAGUUUCAAAAAUUGUAUUCGUAAAUUUGAUCUAGGUGUAAUGAUAGACGACGACAAUUGCUCCAAUUGCAUCCUUUGUAAUUCUUAAUCUUUAUAAAUCAAUUAUUUCAUUAGUUGAUAGUUAGUAGGUUUUUUAACUAUAUUAUAUUGUUAGGUAACUAUAAUUGCAUCCUUUGUAAUUCUUAAUCCUUUGUAAUUCUUAAUCUUUUUAAAUCAAUUGUUUCAUUAGUAGAUAGUUAGUAGGAUUUUAACUAUAUUAUAUUGUUAGGUAACUAUAUUAUAUUGUUAGGUGUCCCCAAUUAGCAGAGGGGUUCUUAACCCCAUCGGCUAGACAUUCCAAGACACAUUAAUAAAGUUUAUGUAUGUGUUUUCCCUACUUCUUGAGUGCUCUGUCCGCUUCCUGCGUGCUUUACAACAGAACAGAUUACAGGCGAUGCUUCUUUAUUUGUUUUAUGAUAAAGAAUUGAUUAAUUUCAUCACGUAUUGGGCUAAAAUAUUUUCGCUAAACUUUAUUGUCCAAAUCAUGUGAGUGGCGUCGGUCGUUCAUCACGGCUGUACUCUCAUAAAGCACGCUGUUUUAACCAUUCAGAGUGCGCGUUAUAUCGAAACUUUACAAUAAAUGUAAGCUAUUUUCUCUGCCAAAGUAUUCUGUAACUUCCAAGAAGGCCAACAUAAUGGAUGACAGACACUACAGAAUUCGAGGGUACAGCCGAUCCGAUCCAGUGUUACUGCAGCAACAACACGGCUUGAUUUAUCGCAAGAAACAAACUCGAAAAAAGAAACAAAAAAGUGUCUUUAAUUUACUUAAGUGGGAUAAUCAACCGACUUUCUAGUAACUUGAUAAAUCUGAACGCUGGAAAAAUGAAACAUUCUUUCUUUCUGCCUAAUUUGAGAGAAAUACUUGAAAAUUAAGGGAGGGCAGAAGACAUCAUUUCGUUGUACUCCACAAGACACCCACCCUGCCAGCAGGGCCUCCCUAAAAUUCGCCAAAGAGCGAACAAGAAGAGGCUCGGCAGAAAUAGUGUCGAGUCUUUUACAGUGCAACAAGCCUUACCGUGGCCACCCAACAAACUUUCACAUUUGACAACCUACGUGUAAAUACAAGGAAGGGUUACGUUUUUACAAACGUUGGCCGUGUAGCACUUAUAUUUCAACAGACUUAACUGAUUAGAGUGUAAUGCGAAGUGUAACUCUUCCUUAUACUUGUACAUGUUCAUUGCCGUAACAUCCUCAGUUCCCACGGCCGGCUCCCAUCUGACCUUGUAGCUCAGUCGGUAGAGCAGCGGUGAUCUAACCCGAAGGUCGUGGGUUCAUCAAGGCGACCGUUGCUGCGUGGGGUGCCUCAGGGGUCUGUACUGGGCCCACUGCUGUACCUUGUCUACACUGCGCCGAUUGCUGAUAUCGUCAAAAAGCAUGACUUAUUAUACCAUCUGUACGCUGAUGACAAGCAACCAUAUAUUUCCAAUUGUUGUGCUGAUCUUGAUGAGGCAAAGUUGCGUAUUGAGUGCUGUGUUGAAGAAAUCGACCACUGGAUGUGCAAAAACCUAUUGAAACUUAACCAAGAUAAAACUUAACUUGUUGUUAUUAGCUCCAAAUUUCGAAAUAGACCAACUCUUGAAUAUGUUCGGGUCGGUGAUGAGUUCAUUGCUCCUAAUUUGUAUGUACGUAACUUAUGACGCGCCAUAGGGGACAAAAAUACUUGUGUGAAUUUGUGUACAACUUGUGUGAAUUUAUACAACUUAUCCUUGUCGAAGAUAACUUCCUACAAUACAUUUACAACUUUGCUGUUAGGUCUACGACUUUCAGCUUCAUUUACUUUACUUCUGACAAAAUAUGUACAACUUGUUUGUCACACAAACCAGUUAUCGAUCUAUUCACACAACUUUAACUUGUAGACAUCAAGGUUGUUUUGCAAUUUAAUUACGACGUGUUGUUUACAUGUUUGACUUACGGCAGUUUUUAUAACUCACCUACGAAAUACACGACUUAGCAUUGUUUGAGUACAACUUACUCUAUGAAAUAUAAAACUUCUUCCACAUUUUCUUCCUACUUGUUAACGAUUUCAAUUAAUCGUCACGAUCGAUUGGUUUCAUCAAAUCCCAACAUUCUUUGCGCGACUUACAGAAAAAGAAAAUGGCGGCUGAGACGGAACUGGAAAGGGCUAUUUUCACUCUCCCAUCUUUGCUGUGUGAAAUGGAACGCCAUCAUUUAACUGACAACAUCAAUAUGUGUGGAUUGUUUGCAAGAAGAGGGGAGGACUUUGUAGGCUUACUGAGAGUGUGUGCGUCGUUGCUAGCAGUAAAAGGGGGUGGUAGGCCUACACGACUUUUACCUCAUGCCAAAAUGUUGCUUAUUCCAAUAAAGUUUUUUCUCUCUGCUGGGUAGAUUAUGCUCUGGAAGGUUCUACAUUUUCACCGAGCAAAUGUGAUUUUACCCGAAUGUUUCACAAGGUCAUGACAAACAUAUCGAUUUACUGUAGUUAUUAUUUCUGGUCGGCAGGAUUUGCCCUCUGAUAUAAGCGCAUUUUCCUUGACCUCUUUUGAAGCGUAAAGCUUUUUUUCUUACGGCUGAAUAAGGUUUCCAAUUUUCUCAAAUGUGCCUUCUGGAUCUGAAUAACUAAGCGAUUUUCGUUAGUCGUGAGUGUAAUGUUUUUCUGCAACGCUGUAUCACGCUGGGCCCAGCUCGUUAGUUUUCUCUACAGAAUGUUAUAUUAUCACGAAUAGUGAUUUGCAGAUCCCAAAUUAUAAAAAUGAAGUGCAGCUUAAACUGAAGCUACAUCAACUUACUAUGGAUAACUGAAUUGUGACUCAGUAAACUCCAGCUUAGUGUUUUUCUAAAGAUAGUGUGAGUCUUUUGACUGGAGCGCGUAGUUCCUCCCUUGGUAAUAGCUUUGAAUAAGCUUAACAGUCUUUAAACUGUUUUCUUAUUUGUCCCCUAUGGCGCGUCAUAGUAACUUAGGAGUCAUUAUGGACAAUUGCUUUUGCAUGGAACAACAUGUAAAAAAGAUAUGUAGUGAGGCAAAUUACCAUCUCAGGAAUAUAUCAAAGAUCCGCAAAUAUCUCACCCAGGACUCUGCUCAAAUUCGCAUCCAUGCUUUCACUAGUUCUAAGCUUGACUAUUGCAACUCACUUUUAUAUGGUAUUCCAAAAUACUUAGUUUGUAGAUUACAGCGUGUUCAGAAUACGGCGGCUCGCAUUGUCACGUUAACAAGGAAGUACGAUUCGAUUACCCCAAAAAUGUUCAAGCUACACUGGCUCCCCGUUCAUUCACGUAUUAUUUUUAAGCUCCUGUUAUUGGUCUAUAAAGCACUCAAUGGCAAAGCACCUUCUUACAUUUCUAGUCUCCUGAGCCAUCGUAAGUGCUCUCGGUCUUUACGCUCUAGUGGGCAAGAAUUGCUCACUGUGCCAAUGGCUAAACUAAAGACGUAUGCAGAUCGGGCGUUCAGCAUUGCUCCGCCAAGGCAAUGGAAUAAUUUGCCUCUUAGCAUCCGUAAAUCUCCAUCAAUCGCUAUCUUUAAGAGACAUUUGAAGACUUAUCUUUUUAAAGAAGCCUAUGGUUUUUAAUUCUUUUCUUUUUUUUUUUUAACUUUCAUUUUUUGUAUAAUGUAUAUAUAAGCUCUGUAACUAUUUAUCUCGGUAUUUUAUUAUAUUUUUUUAGUUUUUAAGUUCUCUGUUAAUCUGAUCAUUGUAAAGCGCUAUGAAAGAGUAUCUGAAUAGCGCUAUAUAAAUUAUUGUUAUUAUUAUUAUUAUUAUUAUUAUUAUUAUUAUUAUUAUUCAAUUCCCACCCUGGUCAGAGUUUUUCUCUGUCCUGAUGUGGGCCCAUUUCCAUUAGUAGGGCUAACGCUCACAUGGUUCAUAUGAGGUACAAAACUAGCACUUCACAUUACACUCUAAUCAGUUAAGUCUACGUGUAAAUACGUCAACUCAACAACCCAUGCAACGGCGAUCAACUUACAACCGUACGAACUUUGCAAGGAGGCGUGACUGACAAUGAAAUUCGCACACCCUCAUUGGCGGAUAAUUUGUAAAGAACUUUGUUUGAUGGCCACGGUAAGGCGCGUCGCACUGUAAGUCGCCGUAGCCCAAGUUUCUGGGAUAUAGUCACCUCGGUCAAACCGGUAAAGGCAGCGCACGGAUCAUAUUUUUGACAAGGCGAAGGUCAAAAUCGAGCCUUCAGUACGAAAAUCAAUAUGGCGUCGAGGAGUGCGAGCGAGAGUUGGCCUGGCUUUGAAACGUCUCCAAGCAACGGCUUGCGCAUACUCAAUAAAGACUUUACGUGAUUUCUGUAGAGUCCUUUCCUCCUCGUCCAGUUAAGAAAGGAUCUGCUGGCAGGGUGCGAGACACCCAACAUCUGUUUCGACUUUCGAAUUGCUGGACUAUCCCUAUAACUCUUAAGGGUGUUGAUGUCGCUCUUCGAAACUCGAUCCUUGCGUCUGUAGGGUCGAGACCUCCUCGAAAGAGCUUGGUCGCAGGCUAGCAUUGGACCCGGCUUUUUCAGGCAUCUUUCGCAACUGUACCACUUACUCAUUUCUCUGUGUUGAUAUUUCUGACCUCCGCAGUUAAAAUGUGUGAUAUUUCACAUCAAGAGAAUAGGGGAAAAUCCCCCAACUUUGGCCCUGUCCCGAUGAGAAUUACUUAAAUUCAAUUUUUUGUUAGCAUACUUCGAAGUUAUUUCAAGGACGACACCUCACAGGUCGCUUGGUGUAAGAGUUGACCACGUGGCCAUGGGAACAAAAUGACCUUCGCAGCAUGGACGCAAUCUAAAAAUAAAUUUCAAUUAAUUGUCAAGGGGAGAAGGGAAUCGCUCCCUUACCUCAUAUUCUCAACCUCGUUCCCAGGGCUUUUCUCUGCCGAGAGUAGGGCGGGCUGGAAAAGACCCUGGCAUCGGCUGACAGCUGGUUACGUGUUAUCAAUGAAUAUUUGGAAGGGUACUAAUUUAUCUGAUCCGCUUGAUCCUUGUUGGCUGUUGGAAUUCAGGGCAACAUACAUUAUCAUGACCAUUUGGAUGUUGUACGGAUAUUCCAAUUUUUCUGUUAUUCGAAAGGGCCUGCUAAUAUUUUCGAUGGCGCAGUCUACUCCCAAAAACAUGUAUAUAAGAAAUUCAGUGUGCCGUCUUUGUAGUGGUGCGUACAAAGGUCCCCAUAUGCUUCGUAUUCUGGGCAAAACUGGCAUCAACAUCGGUGACAACAUCAAUACCUUAAAGCAUAUAUUCGAAGCACUUAAACUGAAGAGGCUUCAAACAAAACGGAGGAAAUUUACCGAGGUUAAUAGCCUAUCCAAGCCGACAAUUAUUCGAAUCUUGAAUUUCAUAUAAAACUUAUGACACCCAAGAACUUGGUCAACACCAGGACCUCCCUGUUCGAGAGAGACCGAGGUUGUCACCGUUAUUGAAAAGUAACCGUGUUAAAAUGGGUGCUGAGACGUAAAUACUGUUCUCUCAGCGCUACUUGUAGGCAGUCUGCAAAUGUCGAACACCGGUCUUUUGGCAAGUCUUUGCAAUGUCCUGCUUGUAUUCGGAAAAGCUACUGUUAGGUCUACUUAGGCCUAAAACGUUAUUUAAUCUCAAAACCCAACCUUUGUCGGUUAGUGUUCAAUGUAUAAUGGACUACUAACCCCGAAAAUCUUCUGUUACGAGUUAAAAAUCGACUCCAGUCUUUCUCGAACAAGAUGGUCCCGGUGGAUGGAAUGUAAUGUCGACCCAAGAUUUUCGGGUGUCGAAGGAACACGUGACCAGGCGAUGCUAGGGUCUUUUCCCGCGUGCCCUACUCUCGGCAGAGAAAAGCCCUGGGAACGAGGUUUCUCAUAUUCUCUCGUUCAUAUGUAUUCUCUGCUUUUGCAGGAUAUGUCACCGAGGGAAGGAACUUGUACCUUUCACGAACGGGCGAGGACAACGGGUCAUGUGAUCAGAAGAAUCCCUGUAACACUAUUCGAUGGGCUGUUACUUUGGCAACAUAUGAUGAUCUAAUUUACUUAGACGGCACAAACACCAGUAAAAAUCCAUACACGUGUGAUUCAGGUAUUUACAUAAAUAAGAGUCUGUCUCUGAUUGGAUUUGGCGAUCCAUUGCCUCGGAUACGAUGUUCUGGUGGAUCAUUUUUGGCAUUCAACGGCUCUGUUGAUGCCCUACACGAGAUCAGAGCAAACAUAUCAGGUAUUAUCUUCGGCGGAAGUUUUUUGACUUUCCUGGAGUCUUCCGCUUACAUCCAAAAUUGUAAAUUUAAUGACAUACAAGAAGGUGUGAAGUUUACAAUACAUAAAAUGAUAGAUUCGAGCCUUCAUAUCAAAGAUACGAUCUUCUCUGAAAACAUGGCCGGCAUCUCUGUUGACUUGGCUCACACCAAUCAUGAUAUAAGCUUUGAUUUAACUUUGGAAAAUGUUACACUUAUUCAUAACCAGUUCAGUUCCAAAGGUCUUAUAUCCCUGAACAUGAAAAAUGGCAACCACAUCAUCCACUUUAAGGAUGUGACAUUUAUUGACAACUCUGCAUCGGGAUACCAAAAUGAACCACCUACUGAAUGCAUUGUUCAAAGCACACGGGCUGCUGUAACAAUUUUCAUCGAUUCCAGCCAUUUUCAAGGUCAACAAACAAGGUUAUUCGCUAUCAGUGGAUCGAACAUUUCACUGUUCAUCCAUAACUCCAGUUUUGUUGGAUACGAAGUUGGGCCGGCAUAUGGAAAUGGCGGAGUCGUAUAUCUAAGUGGAGAAGACCAUCCUGAACAAAGGGCCAUGUUCCAUGUAGGCGUAUCCAAUUCAACCUUCGUUAACACGAGCGCGACUCAGGGUGGUGCUAUCGCUGUUGACUCCAUCAACGCUUGCAAUAUCAGCUUUCGAGAUAGCAUUUUCACCGGAAACACAGCUAAGGCAGGAGAAGGCGGAGCCGUGUUUAUUGGCUCCUCAGGGUCGGUCUUUCAUGAUAAUAAAAAUCCAACCAACCGCACAUUUGGCGAAGCUCUGAGUGUGACAGAACCAGAUGGCUGCUAUAUCACAAUAGAACGCUCUACGUUUUCAAAUAACGGCGCAUCCUCCAAUGGCGGUGCAAUCUCCGUUUUUGCAAACAGCCCAGCAACUAUCAUCCUUCAAAACGUGACAAUGGAAUCAAACAAGGCAGAGAAUUUCGGAGGAGCUAUAUACGUCAGUGACGCUGGAGAUGGUAAAGGCGAAACAUUUGGCAGCAAGGAAUUAUCAAAUCUCUGCAACAUCACGGUAUUACUCUCAGUAUUUUCGAAAAACUAUGCGCGCAGCAUAGGCGGUGCCAUUUCGAUAUCUGGGGAAAAACCUAUUGUUCUAAUCCUUGGAAAUGUGACCAUGGAAGCGAAUAGCGCCAGUUAUUCCGGCGGAGCUGUUUACGUCGACACUAUUCUCUCGCUGAAGGUUCACAAGUCUUUCUUCUAUAAUAAUACCGCACUUGGUUCUGACGUCACCGUUGGAGGAGCAAUAAGCAUAAAAAACGUGAAACCUUGCAAUGGAACGUCCAACCUUACCAUAGAACACUCAACGUUUUCAAAUAACAAAGCAAACCAUAGCGGUGGUGCUGUUUACCUUCGAGCUAACGCUCAAAGUGUUCUAACACUUUUAAACUUAACCAUGGAAUCUAAUACAGUGCACUUCUAUGGAGGAGCCGUCGCCGUCAACGUAGGAGGAACAAAAAGCAAGUUUGUUCCAGCCAUUGUCAUAAAUAACUCAACGUUUUUCAAUUGUUCUGCUAAACAAGUCGGAGGUGCGUUUUAUAUGCGGGCUGAUGGCAUGACAACAGUAGAAGUUAAGAGAUCUCGGUUUGUGGAAAACCACGCGUCCAAAUACUAUGGAGGAGCCGCAGCUAUUUUCGUAAAUCAAGAAAACAGUGGAGGGGCAAGUCCCUUGUUGUUUGAAGACACGACAUUUGAAAAAAACGCUGCGGUUUUUGGUGGCGCCGUGCAUUUGAGCAACGGAAAUGCAACAUUUCAGAAUUGCACUUUUCUCAACAAUUUAGUACAGGUUUUAGGCGGGCAUAUACACACGGACGUCCAAUCAACAAACCUAUUCAUUUGGGAUUGUGUUUUCAACCAAACUUUAUUUCAACUAGGAAAUGAAAAUUACUCUGCAGGGGCUUUUUUUAUUGACACACAGAGCAAAGGAUCGCUGAGUAUAUCUAAUACUUCCCUGACCGCCAACUAUCCUGCAAAUCACGAUGUUCUGAUAAGAAAAACAAAUGGCAGAGAAGUCAGUCUCGACAAUCUGACAACGUUGACUUGUCCUGUAGGAAGUCAAAUAAAUGUACUUUAUUUUCAAAUUAAACUCGAAGGUCAAAGUUCUGUCACCAUACUUGAGGUUCAAUGUUUAGCAUGCGAAGGGAAUACCUACAGUCUGAAUCGCGGCCGCGCCUUUGGCCUUCACGAAGGACCAGAAUUUCCCUGUCUUUCUUGCCCAUAUGGAGCAAAUUGCACCCAAAAUAUACUAGCUGAACCUAACUUUUGGGGUUUUAGAGAAAAAUACAAUCCAUCGACGCUGAAUUUCAUCACGUGCCCCCAUGGUUAUUGCAGCUCUCCCCAGAAAGCAGACUUUCCCAAAUACGACAGUUGCCAGGGUAACCGUUCUGGUAUCCUGUGCGGACACUGUAAAGAGUCUCACACGGAGACACUUUACUCCACAAGCUGCGCACCAUCAAACGAGUGUAGGGAUCACUGGAUUUGGCCCGUGGAAUUGGUUUAUGUAUCAAUUAUGGCAUUGCUCUUUACAUUUAAGCCUCCUAUAGUGCCCUGGAUCAAGCGCCAGAUCCUGUGGUUUAAAAAAUAUGAACCAGCCAACCAGGAUGAAGAUUUUGACCGUGGUUAUUUAAAGAUCGCUUUCUACUUUUAUCAGGCAGCAAACCUUUUACUCGUCUCCGAUACAACCCUGCACAUUCUCAAAACUGAAGUUUGGGAGCCUAUCAUCGGAUUGUUUAACUUUCAGCACAAUGUCUCACCAGUGUCAACUACAGGAGUGAUCUGUCCCUUUCCUGGACUCAAUGCGGUAACUAAACGGUUACUUUUGGCUUCUCCUGUCUUUGGGACAAUGCUUAUGAUAGGUGUCUUCUACAUGUUGCAUUGGGGUAGUAAAAAGAUUCAAGGCCGAGAAGCACCGCCUGUUGGUCCCUAUAUCGGCGGUAUUUUACAAACCAUACUGCUAGGUUACGCAACUUUGGCGUCCAUGAGCUUUGACCUGCUAACCUGUGUUCCCAUUCGCUCAGAGAAACGAUUGUUAAUUUUUGUUUGUCUUGAUGUGGGGCUCUUUCAAGCUGUACAGAGGAACCGUUUCCGUGGCAAAUUUCCUCCUUGCUUGUUGUUUACCUCUACCGAUUUUGCUUUACUGGGCAUACAUCGCCCUUAUUUAUAG